AUGGGUAAUAUGCGAGCUGUAGCAGCUCUGCUGUCGAGGGGCGUCCGUGCUGACGCGUGCGGCGUGCCGCAGCCGGCUGCGUGCCGCGCCGCGCCGCCUCAGUCCUCCCGCGACGCCGCUGCAGACAUGACGCGCCCUCCGCAGCUGCCGCCUCCGCAGCCCCUGGUGCUGCUCGCGCUGGUGGUGGCGGUGCUGGCGACCGGUGCCGCGGCGGCCAGCGCCGUGCCGGCCCACGAGCGCUGCCUGGCCGGCCGGCUGGCAGUCUACCGGCUGGUGCUGCACACGCACUGGACGCGGCCGCGCUUCCCCAGGCACUACCCCGAGUGGCGCCCUCCCGCGCAGUUCUCACCCCUCGUCGGUCGCACGCACAGCCGCGACUUCAGGCUGUUCCGCGAAGGCGAGCUGGCCAGCGCCGGCCUGCAGGUGUUCGCCGAGACGGGCCGCUGGGACGGCCUGCCCGCGGGCAGCGGCGUGCUGGACGCCUUCGACGCGCCGGCCGUGGCCAGCGGCCAGGGCGACACUUCAGCCUCCUGCUUCGUCGACGGCAACCACACUCUGCUGUCCGUGGUGGUUCGCCUCAUUCCGUCACCGGACUGGUUUGUUGGACUGGACAGCCUUCCACUCUGCAAGCAUGGCAAAUGGAUUGACUCGCUCUCAAUAGACCUGCCGCUGCUGGACGCCGGCACGGACGACGGGAUGACGUUCACGGCGCCCAACUGGCCCAGCGAUCCGGCCCACCCCGUGUCUCGCAUUACGUCCCGGGAGCCGUCGCACCCCGGCGCCUCCUUCCACUACCCUCACCUCGACCAGCUGCCCGCCAUCGCAACACUGCAUCUCCGUAGGGAGCGGGUGUACAGGCAGAUGGGCUCGGUCGCCAGAAGGCGCCCCGUCGUGCAGCAGCAACAACCGCAGCCGCAGCCGCAGCAUCAGCCGCAAGCGCAGCCCGAAGAGGUGCCGAGCGUGACGCUGCCUCUCGGCCGUGACGUCAGCAACGAGGUGGUGUCCGCCGCCGUCGCCGUCCACACGCGGCGCUUCAGACGCCGCCGCCGCAGGCUGCACAAGGGCACCGCUGCCGGUGGGCAGCACGGCGUGAGGCGGCUGGCGGCAUCGCGCUGCGUGGUCGGUGAGUGGAGCGACUGGUCCGACUGCAGCGCCUCUUGCGGAGCCGGCGAGUCGCGCAGGAGCCGCGCCGUGCUGAGGACGGGCGCUCGGCCGUGUCCGGCGCUGUCCGAGGCGCGGCCGAUGAAAUUGAUGCGGAUAUCAAGCAUCGUGAAUAGAAAUAAGGAAGAUAACUGUAUAGCUAUUUAA